UAAUAUUAAUGAAAAAAAACUACAUUUAGAUGUUUAAACAUUUACUUCAAAUCGCCAAUCAAUAAUCAAUGUUUUUUUGUACAGCUAUGAUCAUCAUCUUCAUGGAUAGAUUAGCACUUUAUUAAAAUAUAUUUCAUUAAAACUGUAUCAUUUCGAUAAUUCUAGAGAAAGUUAACCAGUUGACGUUUUAAAUUGAUUCUUGAACAGUAUAUAAACAAAAAUCAUACAUGUGUGUCAAUAAUAUUUUAAAAAGAGUAAUCAUCAAAAUAUAUUAUGAUAAUAAUGUCUGAUGUUAACUUACCUCCAAAUACAAAGCCAAUUAUUAGCAGUUUGUCAUCAUUAUCAAGAAGGUCAUUGAAUGAAUUCUUAGCUGGUGCAAUAGGAGGUUUAGCCGGUUUAACUGUUGGUCAUCCUAUGGAUACUGUCAAAGUUAUUAUGCAGAGUUCGUCCAUUAAUUUAAGAUGUACAGAAGUAACUAAUUUGAUUCUUGAAACUGGUCUAAAACGAUUUUUUACUGGGCUUGCAAUUCCGUUUUAUUCAUAUGGAUUUAUCAAUGCAGUAAUAUUUACUGCAUACAAAGAAUCUUUGAAUAAAUUUGAUGCAACUGGUGAAUCUCCAUUGGCAAAUGCAAUGGCCGGUGCUAUAUCAGGAGCUGUACAAUUAAUACCAGCUGUUCCAGUUGAAGUUAUUAAAAUAAAACAACAAUCACUAGCAGGUCAUCUAGGUAAAAAACAAUUGACUGCUCGAAAAUGUAUUCAUACAAUAUUACGUAUGAAAGGAUUUACUGGACUUUAUUCAGGAACAAUUAUUCAAGCAUUUCGUGAUAUUCCAGGCUUUACUACUUAUUUUUAUACCUAUUCUGAAUCAAUAAAAAUUGGAAGACACAUUGGCUUGUCAACAUUUUGGUCUGCUUUUCUUGGUGGUGCAAUUAGUGGAACAUUAUCCUGGUGUGUUUCAAUGCCAUUUGAUGUAAUAAAAACAAGACAACAAGUUAGCAAUGGAAUAACAAUUUCAAAUGUUCUAAAUACCUUAUUAAAAGAAAACAGUUAUAAAGUAUUUUUCCGUGGAUUCAAUGUGGUUAUCACUAGAGCAUUGUUAGUUAAUGCAUGUACAUUCGCUGUCUACGAAACAGCCUAUGAAUAUCUUUCAAAAUA